GAAAUCGUUACUAUGUAUAGCUGCCGAUGCAAUUGGAAGCAUUUCUCUUAUCAAUAUCUGCGAAAGGUUAUUCUAUUUUAUUUUUUUGAAAACCCUUAAAUUUUUUGGGAAAAGUCGACGAAAAAGGAGAAAGAUUACUGUACAUGGUGAUCGAACUUGACGGGUUUCAAGAGAGUUUCUAAGCAUAGCACAAGUCUGUUUAAAUUCUCUGUGUUCAAGUUUAAUGGCUUUGCAAAAGAAUUCAGACGCUGCGUGUGUAGAUAGAACUUUGUAGUUUGUAGCAGAGUGAUUUUGAGCAGUGUGUGUUAUUGAGAGUUGUAUACAACAAUCUGGCAUCACUGGGGUUGUGUCAAAUUUAGUGCUGCAGAGUGCACGGGAUAAUAUGUACAGAGUUUUCUGGCGGGUUUGAAGAGUCCUCGUUGUGGGGAAUCUGUUUCCAGGUCCAAAAUCGAUAUGUUUCUCUUCGGUUCUGGUAGUUAGGGUUUAGCGUGUGGGUUUGCUUGCUGGUACUUGUAGCGAUGUCGGGUCUUUGUAGUGUGUGUGGCGCCGCUGAUUUAUCAGUUGGCGGCGAUGGUUUUUCAUAUUGCAACGUUUGUGGAUCCCAAUCUCAAUUUUAUCAGGAUCAAGCAUUUGAUUACGACGACACGCACGUCUACAAUGCAAGGAACGUUCGUGAGCGCGGUAUCGCACGUAAAGAGUCUCAACUUGCGACUCAGGAAUUACAGAACACUUUGGCAACUCAGGCUUCGCAAUUGGCUACUGAAGAUGAUCUCGCCUUUUUUCAAUCCUCUCAAUUCCAAUCUCAGUAUCAGUCUCAAUUUGGCGACGAUAUUCUGCCUUUCGCUCAGUCUGUGAAACAUUCUCAGAUACCUGGGAAUCCUCAGUCUGAUAUUGAAGAUUUAGGUUUGACGGAAUCAGAGAAGUUGGCGGCCAGGGUGCGGAAAGUGUAUGUCGAGGGCGUGCAGAUGUUGGUACAGAUGCAAUGUGAGGCGUUGGUGCAAUCGUUCGGGGUCACUCCGCUGGUGUGUGGCAUUCUGGGGCCCGUGUGGAUGAAGUUUGUGAGGAGCACUUGUGUGUAUGAAAAAGGGUGGGCGGAAGAGGCUUUGCUAGUCGCAGAAGCGCAGCAUGAGAAGUCGGACAAGGAAGAUACGGAAGAUGAGAAUAAUGCCCUGGCAGGGUUGGAACUUGACAAGGAUGAGAAACCUGUAAUUAGCAAGGAGGUAAAGCCGAGAAGGAAGAAAAGAGUUGUUGGUGAGCCCUGGACCACCUAUGGUGAAAGGACUCGCUUUGUAUGGCUUCGAAGUCUCAAGGCACGAAUUCCUCUCCGCUCUUCACUUGCAAUAACGUAUCUAGUAUGCCAUUUGGCCCGGGAACCAAUUCUUCCAACUGACAUCAUAAACUGGGCAUUUGAAGGAACUCUACCGUACUUGAGUGCAUAUACAGCAAUUGAAAAGCGUUCUAAUUGGAUACCUGAGCUUCAAUUGUUCAAAGCUAGCAAGAUCUUUAAACCUCUAAGAAUGACAAAUGCUCGAGUAGUAGAGUAUCUUGCCAGUCUAAUUGGAGAUCGAAUAGGCUUAGAAUUGCCUCCGAUUAAUUUCCAUGCAAUUUCUAGGAGAUUUUUGAAAGAACUCGACCUUCCUGUUGAGAAACUAGCACCUUAUGUUUGUAGAUUAUAUGAGUGGUUUCCAAGUUCAGGAUUGUGGCUCACCAGUCAAGUGAGCAAAGUCCCUACUCGCGUAUACGUAAUGGCAGCGUUAGUAGUUGUCUUCAAGAUUCUUUACAAUCUGGAUGGUAGAUACAGAUUGUCAAGUAAAGACUUUGAUGCAGUUAGUGGAGAUGAUGAAUCAAUGGACACGUUGGAAGUGCGAAAGGAAGAGCAGUGGAAUGCGGAAGAGUUUGUAACGAAGAUAAAGCUCUUACUGCAUAACGAUAUCAACCAAGUUGAUGAUCAAGAGCAGCUCACAGACUACUUGCGGUACUGUCGAGAAACCAUUUUUGCUAAUGAUGGCAUGUCGAAUGAUGAAGACCUACGUGAUUACUUUUGGGGAAUUUACGAACAGUCUGCUAAACAGGGUUCUUUGAGAGGAACUAUAUCUAAAGAAUCACAAAACACGGAAUCUGACAUUGGCACUAAUGGAUUACUGCUUUUAGAUUCUGAAGAAAAUAGCUUUUAUAAACAAUCGAAGCCUGGUAAAAAGUCGAAGAAAACAUCAUCAAAGUUACAGACAGAUCCAUUACUAAGAGGGAUGGAGGAUCUUGGGUUUUGUAUCAUUGACCCUCCUAAACAUGUGCCUCGGGAGAACGAGUAUUGGACUUACGUGAUUACUAGAGACGAUAUGCGACCUGUUCAUGAAGAUUAUCUCUUUGUUCUAAGGGCUUGUGCGAAAAUCAUAGACGUUGACCCUCGUGUACUACACAUGGCAAUCUUGAAUGUGGAAAAAGGAAUCAUAAAAGUGGAAAAGAGAACCUCAAAGUUUCACGAUAAAUCAUUUAAUGAAGCCGGUCAUGGGUCUGAAUAACUGGAGGAGGUUGAUUAGGCUGCCUUGGGCUGUAUCUAAUUGCUGCGAGACGAACCGUAUAAAACUCGACAAGGUCGUAAAGGUAUGCACUUUAAGGGAAUUAAUUAAGAGUGAAAGAGGUCUUGUUCACAUUAUUAUUUCACCUGAAGAUGCGAGAAGUAAACAGUGAAGCUACCUGUUGAGUUCAAGGAAGAAGAGUUUUUUUUGGUUCAGUAGAGUCCAGGUAGUUCGUGGGACAUAUCUAGAAUGUGAACAGUACUGAAAAACUUAAGUCUAGCAGCCGACAUCUCCACCCGCUAGUUCUGAAAAUGGUAGUGGAGGACGUGGCGAUGGAGUCACUGGACUGGUGAAAAAGAUCGAGUUCACGGUGUCUGCGAGGUAGCACCAGUGGAGCUCGGCGCGAUAUGUGAACGAGACUGCAGGAACUUAUCUCAGUGGUAGAGGUACCCGUCAAGACUGGGUUUUUGAGAAAGGGUUUAUUGUAUAAGUAUGCUUGCUUCAAUCGUAUGUUAAGAUUAAACACUCUGAAGUGACAGACUUGUCGGCGAGGUAUAUGAACCGUGAGAAACCAAACGAGUGUCUUUUAUAGGGACGAGUCUCUAUUUUAGGUCACAGUUGGAGAUGGUAAAGGUGCGUCAGAAUUUGUGAAUCUUUUGUGUGAUUUUUUGUUAGGUGCUCUUCGAAGCGUUUCAUCGUUGUUGAACAAAUGAUUCCAAUUUGCUUAUGAUUUUUAUUAGAGGUGUUCAGAAGGUCGUUUGGCAGUUGAAACACUUGUGGAUUUGAUUUCCUGUUGGAUAGUUACUAACCAAAAGUGCAUCUCUCUGUGUUGAUGUGCUGAAAUUGUGUUUUUUCCUUGAUGUGCCGGUGUUUUAUUGCUCGUAUGUCUUAUUCAUGUGAUCUAAUGGUCUGUGUUCUCAAAUUCCAGGGAGUUGGCACGAAUCAUUCGUAAAUGUCGGAUAUUUCUAUGUGUUUUCACCCUAGCGUUGUCUAGGCUACCAAGAAGCUUGGAGUUUCUCAGAUAACACUGAAGAAAGCAUGUAGAAACAUUGGUUCCCCUGGUUGGCCUGGUGAUGUAGAUCAGGCGCUUGGAGAGCACAAUCCACAGGCUAGGACACGCAAUCGCUGUUGGACAACAGGAUGCACUAGUUGAUGCGCCAGUAGACAAUGAAAUUGUUGUCAACUGCACUAUUACCAUUGUUAGGAAACCACGCCCCGAGAAAGUAGUGAUUCCUGAGAGAAUGACAUCCCAUUUCCACAGAAUUUCGAAGGCGCCAAAAUCUCUAAGUGCUGUCGAGGGUGCAGUGCGACAAAGCUUACGGUCCAGCACUUGUGCAAUUUAGACUUCCAGCCACUGAGAGGCUCCCCAUGUCAUUAGUUCGUUUACUUCACUAGAGAUUGCAGUCCGUUUGUCACUGCAAUCAUGUAAGAUUCAAGAAAACAGAAUUACCGAAGUCUAAUUGUAUAGAAAUACGUGACAUACACACGAGUUUCUCACCAAAAAAUGCCCCUGUUUCAUGCUUAAUCCGCUACAAUCUAGACAUCUGGAGCAUGAUCGAUGAACUUUCUAAUGACACAGACAAGCUCGGGAGAUCAGUGAAGUGUUUUACCCUUUUACAGGCCGACGAACACCUAUGUUUUAAUGUUACCUUUUUCACUCAGUCCUA